CUGCGCGUCUCAGCUCGUCUCCUCCAGGAAGUUGAGUGGAUACCGAUUGCACGUGUUGAGUUGCGGCUGGAGCGAGGAGGUCACUUUGGGAAGUUUGUCCUCGCGUAUGUCCGAGUUGGUGCGGGAGCUGAAUGUCUGCCUUUUAAGCUGUCCGUUUCUGCUGAGUUCAGUGGUGCACUGUGAUGCACCGGUUGCAUAAAACGGGAGCUGUUUUUCAGAUCAGGGGGCGACGAAGCGGAGAAGUAGCCUUUCCAGAAAUUCUCCUUUCUAUCAAAAGUCGGGGGAUUCUUCCUUCCUCUUGCAACUCCUGAGAUUGUCGGACUGCAUGAAGUGGACAAUCUGUAUCAGAAAAAGUGAAUUGAAGCCUACUUGAAGCUCGCACUGAAAUCUGCUGAUCUUCGGCUUUUUUUGGUCUUGUUCUUGCUGCAAGAAACGAUCAUCCCUGAAAACGAUUAUCCUCUGCUUUCCUUGGGAAUUAUGGAGCAAAGUAGUUCCUGCUUUGAGUCAGAACUGGACUUCUGCUCUGAGUGUGGUACAGUCCUGCCUUUGCCUGGAGUCCAGGACAAGGUGACAUGUCCUUGUUGUUCUUUCUCCAUUGAUGUGCGAGAUUUUGAAAAGAGAGUUAUCCAUACAUCCAUCCCAUUCAAUAGGAUAGAUUCCAUGUCUUUGAUGUUGGAUGAAGGAAAAGCAGUCAAAGGACCCUUGGUUGACCGGAAAUGUCCCCAGUGUGGACACGAAGGAAUGGCUUACCACACACGACAAAUGCGGUCUGCAGAUGAAGGGCAGACGGUCUUCUACACCUGCAUCCAGUGCAGAUUCCAGGAAAAGGAGGAUUCUUGAUGAAAUUUGCUCAGAUAUAUGGAGGACGCUGCCUGUGGCCUUGCUCUCUUCCUGAUACAGUUAGACAUGCUCCACAGUCCUUUCUGUGCAGUUUUACAGUGACGGUGUAAUGUUUUCAGGUGUUGUGGAAGAAUCUUGUUGCUUCAACUGAAUUACUUGCAGAUGGCGACGGUAGGUUUUCCUUCGUGAACCACGCGGGUGGCAGGAACCAUCAAAGGAAAACAGAACUAACGUCAGGAGACGGCGAUAACAAAAGAGUCCGUCAGGAAGUUCAAAACCUUCCUUCUUUGGUCAGUGAAAACAAAGGACCGUUGGGCCGGGCAAAUCCAGUUCUAAUUACAAUGUAUGCAACUUUUCAGAUCUUUCCUGUUGUUGCUGCUACCAUCUGUCUCUCAGGAUACUUAUUUUGACAUCACCCUGUCUUCCAUGACAUUCUGUUCAUAUAAUCAAAAAAUGUUUUGUGCUGGGGCAGUAGUGAGAUCCUGAUCCUGCUGCUUUUGUGCUUCCUGUGUAUUUUUGGUAGCAGCCGAAAUGGGACCAGUAUCUUCCAACCUCUCUGGCGUCUUGGGAACCUACCAAUAAAAGUGAUAAUAAGGGAUAGCCGGUGGCAUUUUGUGUUUUCUCUUACCAACAAUUACCUUCAACGAUCUUUAUUGAAGGGCUACAACGACUGAAGGUGUAGACAUGCUUGAGAUACUGCAUUCAGAAAGUAAACUAGGAACAAAAUUCAAGCCAUGUUCAGAUUGUUAGUGGUGUAUGUAUUUCUGCCGAUGGACGUGAGUUUCCCUAGUAAAUGUGUCUGCAUAAACUUAAGUGUCAUGUGGCUUUCUUCAUGCAUGCUUCUUCUUGCGUUUGGUGAUCAAAAUGUGUAUGUUUUUAAGAAAGCCGGAUGUUGCUCAGCCUGAGCCAAUCAUGAAAGUGCCUCUUAUAAGUUACUUAUUUAUUUGUUUAAAUAUUUUUUUACCCUG